AUGGUGGAGAAGGCCUUGUGUGACUUAGGGGCCAGUAUCAAUUUGAUGUCUCUAACAAUGAUGAGAAGAAUGAAGAUUGAGGAAGCCAAACCAACAAGAAUGGCCCUCCAAUUGGCAGAUCGAACUUUUAAAUUCCCUCAUGGGAUACUUGAGGAUUUGUUGGUGAAAGUGGGAGAUUUUAUAUUUCCUGCCGAUUUUGUGGUGUUAGAUAUGGAGGAAGAAGCCAAAGCCUCCAUAAUUUUGGGAAGACCCUUCCUGGCUACUGCAGGAGCCAUCAUAGAUGUCCAAAAGGGUGAACUCACUCUUAGACUACAUGAUGAGAAAUUGGUGUUUAACGAAGUGGCAGAGGAGGAGUUCACCAAGGAUAUUGAAGUUAGUGACAUCAAGGCUGCUGAAACAACCAUGCGAAGCAUGCCUGAGAGAGUGAAAGAAGAGAAGGAAGCACCAAAACCUGAGCUCAAAGCAUUGCCCCCUAAUCUCAA